AUGGUAGAAAAGCAGGCGUCUGUCCUUCAUUCUGCUUAUCUUGCAGACGAUAUUUGGUAUGAAGUUUUCAGAUUACUCCACACUGAAGUGGGAGAUCACCUUCGGAAUUGUUUAUUAGUUAGCUCUCAAUUCUUUAGAAACGCGAUACCCUUUUUUUGGAAGGAGGUUCAAAUAUUAUAUUUUGAACAGUUACAAAAGUUUGUCAACGUGCUUACUUCACCAAACCAAACUCUACCAUAUGCAAGUUAUAUAAGAGAUUUACGUAUUGUUGCCAGAACAAAUAGAAUUUCUUCGAGAUCUCGGUCAUUCGAUUUAGCAAGCUUAUUGCUUAAGCUUACUAGUAUUGAUACAUCUUGGAGAUUGGUAGCAUUUACUUUGGAAUUAGAUUGGCGCGAUUGUCAUGAAAGUUUAACUUUGACCGAUUAUUUUGCAAAAUUCGGGGAUAGUUUGGAGCAAGUAGAAUUACAUGGUUCAUCACCUUUUUUAAGUGAUGCAUUGUCCUUUUCUAUCGGGCAAUAUUGCUUGAAUCUUAAGAAACUUACUCUUGAAUCAAGAUAUUUUCACGGGUAUGGUAUCAUGAAUAUUGCUGAAAGAUGUGCUCUCACCGAGCUAACAAUAUGGUGUCGACAAGUAACAAGUACCACAGUUAUUACUUUGACAAUCAAAAACUGCGAUUUGGAUGACAAACCAUUAUUAAAGACCAUCGAUCUAUUAAAGAAUGAUAAAAUGAAUGAUUACAAUAUUCCUUUACUUCCAAAAUUGAAAUCAUUUUCUUAUGUGCAGUCGUGUACAUUUAAUUCUGGCAAUAAGUUUACAUCUACUGGAUUAAUUCGACUUUUGGAAGCUUUUCCUAAUCUUACUGAUCUUACUGUUAUAACCUCUAAUUCAUCAUCAAUCGUAAAUGAUGCAUCAAUUAAAAACAUAAUCCAUAAACUAGAAAAAUUAGAGGAUAUUAAUAUACGUAAUGCUUAUAAUGAUCAGCUGCCAUUUCAUCAUUUGGACAAUUUUGAUUUGACUCUUGAAGGACUAGCAGCUGCUAUAGCAAAACGCCCUCAAGUAAGACUUAGGGUAGGUGCAUUUGACAGUAUGGUUUCAUAA